ACAGCUGUUACAAGAAGAUAUUGCAUGUAUAUUUUAUGAGGAAAACACUGUAAGAUUACUAUUGUGUGGAUUUAUACGGGAUGGAUAUAAACAAAUAUUUCAUAAAUAUAGGGACAUUUAUAAGUGUGUAAACAAAUGCAGUUAUUUCUGGAAAUUUAAGGAAAUUUAUAAGUGACUCACGAAGACUCAUAGACAUACUGACAGAGUAUACAAAUGGCAUCGAUAUCGAACGACGUUCCGGAAUUUCUGAAUGAACUAAUACCGUACCGAUGCCCGAAAUGUGGACACUUGCGAAGAUUUGCCACUCUUAGAGAACUCCGUCAGCACCUUCAAUCAGAGCAUUCAUUUCAAAUGGGUUUCGUCAAGCCGCAUGCACGCGCGCACGUGUUUAAAGGCACACGUGACGGUAGCAAUUCUUCAAGUUUCUCACGAAGUUUAUCAAGUGAAGACAUGUUCAAUGGGACGAGUGGCAAGCACGGUAGAGAUCAGGUCAAUGAAUUACGUAGAAACAACAACGAAUAUGACGCUAGUAGAAAGUUUACCAGAGACACUUCACCGUUACUGAGGUCUUUUAAAGAAGAAACUGAACUUUUAGAAAAAGAGUUACAACAAGCCAGGCAAAAUGAAAUGAAACACAAAACCUUAUCCAUGCAUAAUCUUACCGAAUGUUCAGUUAAUACAGAUUUUAAGAAAUCUCUAGAAGCAAUACAAAAACCAACAGAACCAAAACCUAAACCGAGAAAUACAACUGGAGAGUUCACAAGCAUCAAUCCAACACAUUUCCAUACAAACUUUGUUAAUAAGACUGAAUCUUACGAGCCAUUUCCUCAUGCUCAGAUAGGUUCAAACUAUGAUUUCAAAAGCACGCUGGACACCCUGAAUUCUGAAGUAAUGAAAUCGCGCAUGAACCAGUGGGUGACGACAGACGCUCUGUAUAAAUCGCAAGAUUUACUUAGAGGGAUGGAAACAGCGGCAGAAAUGAAAUGUCAAGAACAGAAGGGGAUUAUAGAGAAGCUAAUACAAGAUAUGAAAACCAAAGAUGCCAUGUUGGAGUCGCGAACAAAGCAACAAGCAGAGUUAAGUACAGAACGGCAAAGGCUUUUAGACGAAACGGAAUCAAUCGUAAAGCAAACUGAUGAUUACAACACGAGAUUGAGACAUGAACUGGGCGGUAGAGGGAAAAUUCUGGAAGGACUGAACAAGGAAUUAGAGAAACUAAGAACACAAUCGGAGCAAGAAAUUAAGUCAAAAGAAUGUGACUUACAGAAUGCAGCACAGAAGAUCAGUCAGUUGGAAUGGGAAAGAGAAAGGUUGAUACAAGAAACUGACAGCAUACUGAAACGAGCGGACAGAGACACUGGCAAGUUAAGAGAGACGCUACAGAUGAAAGAAGAGGAACUGAAAAAUGUUAACAAAGUUCUAAAUCAGCUAAGACAGCAGCAGCAGACGAUGUUGGAGAGAACAAUGACAGUAUACAGAAGCUCGGAGGAAAGUAGGGAGAUAAUGAAAACUGCAAUCCAAACCAAAGAUGGUCAGUUGCAGCAUGCCAUGAAACAAAUCGAGAACAUGACGUCAUUGCACAAGCGUCUUUUGGAACAGUCACAGAUACUGACUGAUCAAGCAGACGACAACACGUCAAGUAUGAAACGCCUGCUUCACGCAAAAGGAGAACAAAUACACGAUCUGGUGCAGCAAUUGGAUACUCUCAAAAGAGAAAAACGAUAUCUCGAAGAAAACACAGUAUCACUAGCAGAACAGGCAGAAUCAAGUGUUUCUGUCGUACAAAACUUGAGAGAUAUGGUCAAACAAAAGGAAAAUGAUUUGAAAACAACACAAAGCGAGCUCCAAAACUUAAAGUCAUUUCUGAUGACCACUGCUGAUAAAGAGAAAGUAGCAAGACAAAAGUUGGAGGUAUUCAUAGAAGAUCUGAUAAAACGAGCCGAACAGGCAGAAUCGGAACUACACGUGCUGAAAAGUCAGUCAACACAAUCCGCUAGUACACUCCAUGACGUGAAGAUGGAAUCGUUUUCAGAUAUUCACAACAGUGAAAGCACGGCACGGAAAAGCUUACCUUCCAAGUUAAAUAUGGAACCGUCGGAGUACCAUGCAACAAAUCUCGAUCAAACACAACCAUCCAAAAGUCAUCUAGGUCAAACAGAUUCAAUUUCAGACAGCUUUAAAGCCACGCCUUUGAAGAGUAUGUUUGUUACAGCCGCUGAUGUACACCAGUUUCAUCCUGGUAACAUGGGUGAUAUUAUCACUCCAGUAAGUGCUGACGGAAAUAUAUCGCCGAGAAAUAAUACGAGCAAUUUGCUUAAUUUAACGGGCAAGAGACUCGAAGAAAGCGGUGGUUUUGUCGUGCAAGAGGAAAACUGUCAUAGUCCAGAUAACUCUUACUUACAUAGUCAGCAAAAUUUGACAGAAAGCGGUAAAAGUACAUCCUAUCUAGAGCAAAGUGGAAGCAAUAAGCCUCAUCGUCGAAAAAAAUCUAAAGGAUCAAGAAAAAGAUUUGAACGUUCUUACGAAAGUAGUUCAAAUGAGGCUAUUGACAAAUGUAAAGAGUUUCAAAAGCGUAGAAAAGAUUCAAAUGCAAAAGACGUGAAAGAUACACCGCACCAACAUACUAAAGUUUCCAGAAGGGCAAAUGUAGACACUGAAGAAGAACUAGAAAAUUCGACAGAUGAACUUGAUUCAGAAGGUCAUUCUGAUACUGAAUAUUACAAACUUCAGGAUGCUGAGUUAAUGAGACUAAAAAAAAGUUGUAAAGUUAGUAGAGGCUUGCAAGUUGGUGCAUUUCUAUCAAACCAAAAUUUAGAUAAUGAAGCUGAAAAGGACUCGGAUGAGUUUAAUACAUUUUCAACUGAAGAUGAUAGUUAUGAUGACAUCGAAUACAGAAAUAGACCAAGGAGUAUAACUCCAAAUAGAACGUACGGAUUAGAAAAGCACAUUGGAGAAGAAGCUGAAAGACCUGUUACUAUGGGCAAAUCGCCGAAAAAUAAAAACACAGGCAAAGAAAAUAGACACAAGGAGAACAAAACGAAAACAAGGCACUAUUUGAAUCGCAAGUUUGAUACAAAUCCUCCAACUGUUCAUCGAAGUAUGGUUAACAUCACUAGAGAUGGUAUUGAUUUUUCCGAAGGCGAAGUAUUACUACGCAAUGAGGAUAGACACAGAAGGUCAAGGUCACUUUCACCUAGAACAAUGGCAGCAAGGGCAGCAUAUCAGACGAGAGAUAUAGAGCAGUUUCCAGGCACAUCCGAAUAUGAGGAUGACAUAAGUGAUGACGAUGACGUCAUAAUGCAUGGAAAUGAUGUAGUUGAAAAUACUGACGGAGUGUUCAGUAAUAUAAUGGAUGACAAUGGUAUAUUGUGGGAUGAUGAUAACGCUACUCUGCCGGAUGUCUCUGAUUCGGAGCUUGAUAGGGUAAGUCCGUCUGGAAGUGAAGCUCUUACUAGCAAAAACCUGUGCAAUGCAACGACAUCUGUUUAUUCGAAUCUGAAUGUUUCGCCAAAGACACCUAAACAUUAUGACAGAAUUGUAAAAUCUCAUCCAAAAUAUGCACAUAAUGAUACUGAAGAAUCAUCAAUAUCAAAUGUUGCCAAAUUACUUAAUAGUCCAAGCAAAAAGUCUGGACGCCGAAUGAUAUCACCGAUUAGGAAAACAGAAACGAUGGAAAUUAAAACUUAUUCACGGUCGCCAAAAGCGAUAAAGGAAGAUGAACUGAAUGAUACUGAAAAUUCUAGAGACAAUCAGAAAUCAACAAAAGUGACAUUUCGGCCAAUAAAAUCCCCAUUAUUCAGCAAAAGUAGUACAUCGGAAAGAGAUCUUAGUUCAGGUGGAAGAGAAGUGAAAACUAUAAUGAACGCUUCUCCUAAAAUAAACGUAAUGGGGGCUCCGGGAACAGCUAGUCUUGGCAGUUUAUCUUCGAAUUCACGUAUACAUAGUAGAUCAAGUGGAAAUUUAUCUUCAAGACUAAGCGGUAAUUCAAGCUAUAUUAGGUUUAGAGACUCAACAGUUAAGAUCCCAGAAAAGAUAAGUAGAACACCCACGCAAGCAAGCACGUCCCAUCGCAUAAGAAAUACAACCACUGGCCAAUAUAAAGCCACAGCUGCAACAGAAGCUGGUAAAAUGCAUCCUAAAGUUCGAUCGGAUAAAGGCAGCGGUAUGUUUACAAUUGAAUAUAAUACACGUAUGCCUACAGAGAGUAUUGAUGAACGGAUUGAGAGAAUAUCUAGCAAAUAUAGUCCAAAACAUUCUAAUAAACCUGUUAAAAAGGAUGAAAACAUUCCUUUAAAUAUUGAUGAAAGGAUUCAAGCUAUAAACAGCAAAUACAAAACAAGACGAAAUGAUAUUAUACAAGGAAAAGGUGUUGGUUCAGAUCAUGUAUAUUCCACGGAUGUAGACAGAGCGUGUAAUAGUAAGAGAUCUCCUUCGACUGUCGGCUCUCCCAUUAGUGGCAAGACAUUACAUACACACAAUGGAUCAUCGUUUUCAACAACACCAGGGUUUCACUUAAGUAAGGAUGAAACCCCGAUGAAUCAAGGCACUUCACAAUUGAGACUAUCACCUAAUGCAUCAAUUCCAAAAGGACAAAGUUUGACAAAUAGUGCCUAUCCUCAACAGGCAUAUCCGCCAUGGACUUCUGUUAAUGGUAUCUCGAACGGUCAACCAUAUUUUCAAUACCCAUUUCCGUACCCUCCAAAUUGGAAUCAGUAUCCUCCAUUUUAUUCAGGAAAUAUGGAAACAAUUCUCCAGCAACAUCUUCAACAGCAACAACAAACGCAAAAUCUAGAGAGCCAGAAACGAAACCAAAGUACGAACAUACAACCUGAAGAACAACAUCAAAGUAAAGACCAAAUCACACAAAAUCGUAAUCAAAUUGUAGAACAAGAUCAGCAGCAGAUACAAAGACUUGAGAAACAAAACGAGCAUCAACUACAAAAAGAACAGCAUGGAAUACAGAAACAAAAUAUGUAUGAAGAUCAAAAAGUAGAUAAAACUGAACGUUGCAAACGUGAAAAGUAUAGAAGUAAUGCAGCAAGUCCGUAUGCGGACCAAAUGUUUGAACUGAAAUCAGAUGCAGAAAAUACACAUAUUGCAAAGGAAAGUGAAAUGAAAGAGUAUGAACGUGGUCACAGCUCUGAACUGAAAAAGAAAUGUCCUUCCGGUCUAGAUAUUGACACUGUUCCGAAACAAGAAGGCACAUCAACCGAUAAACAUGAUCAAGAGAGAGCUGAAAAUGAUAUUAUUUUCCCUACAGCGACAUUUGGUACUCGUGAGAUUGAAUCACCUUAUGAGAAAAUAGCGCCAGACGGGUUGGAAAGUACUGAGGCUGCAAACCUCUUAGGAAAACGUUCAAUAGAAAUAACACCUAUUCCUGGAAUAUCCAAACAUAAAGAGGCCUAUCUUAACACAAAAGAUCAUGAUCAUGAAGCAUUAACUUCCGAUAUCAACUUGUCACCUGAAUCACGUAACGAUACGAACGAAGAUAUUGAAGAAAUUAUUGGAAUGAAAUUAAAAAGUACGGCGAGUAUACCAAAUCAUUGCACACUGGAUGACAAUAUCGACUCCAGAAUUAAACCCAAUCCGCAUCUAUCACUAUUUGAUGAUACAGAUAACGACGACUCUAGUUUAUCAAUAAUGAAUAAAACUAGUAUAUUUGCUGAAGAAAUCGGCGAAGAAUCAUCUGCAGAGUAUGAUUCAAAUACUCAAUCUUAUCUCGAUCUUCCUGAUAGGGUCACGGAUACUGACAUUGAAGGUGACACAGAUACAGAAUCUGUGCGUAGAGAUUUCUAUGAAAAUACUAACAGAAUAAAAGAACUUUUAGACGGUCCGCAAAAUGAUUUUUCAGAUGUCUAUAGGCACAAACUCACAAGGAAUACUACUUCUUCAGCAUCAUCACAAGCUUCUUUGGAGAUACUUGACAGAAUUCCAACGGCCAAAAGGGAACAGGUAAAACAGCGGCGUGCUGCGCUCGUGUGUAUAUUCUCCUUUCUUGACACGAGAACAUUGUCACGUGUUGCACGGGUUUGUCGUGAAUGGAGAAUUGUUAGUAGGAGUCCGAAAUUGUGGAGAAGAGUAGAAAUUAGAGGGGAGAAAAUUUCGUCACAGUUCUUAAGACAAAUAUCUCGAAGAUGUUCACAGCUACGUGUCCUCAUUCUCGAAGAUUUACAUCCGAGAAACAGAAAUCACGAGGAGUCUGUUGAAGAUUACCAAAAGAACAUCAGAUGCAGUCUCGAGAUUGGAUAUGAGCAAAUUUUGAAGAAAGCAGAGGCCACACUACACACCAUCGUCAUAGUUAACUGUGGGACUCUUUUCUCUGCUAAAUGUCUGUGGAUAGCAAGCUGUUGUUGUCGAAUGUUGAAGCACGUGACCUAUGUUAGUGAUUUUGAUCCAAUCAACGCCGAGGUCAUGUGGGCUUUGGGAUCAGGGUGCAGGGAACUUGUUACUCUAAAAUGUCAGCCAAUAUUUCCAUGUGUACAUGCUGAUAAUUUUACAACGAAAUGUGCUCAACUGGUAGGGAAGUGUUUUCGUGAUCUUGAAAUUGUUUCGAUUGGUGGGCUGAUUGUAGAAGUCAAUGCCAUGAUAUUCAUUGCCAAACAAUGCCAGAAACUUAGAGAAAUUGAAGUUCAUCAGAUGCGAUUUAUAUCAUGUGACAUUAUUGAUGAAAUGUGCCAGAAUGGUAUCCAAUCACUUAGAAGUAUUCAGUUUCUCGCGACACCAGUUGCUCCCGGAGCAUUGGCUGUUUUGCAAGGAAAUUGCAAGCACCUAGAUGUCAUUUAUAUUCAAUUAACUGAAUCCGAUUUCACAGCGUCUGUAACCAAUCAAAGUGCCACAUCACAAAUACCGGAAUAUCAUGAAAUCGUGGACGGAUAUGAGGCUUUAAAGAACCAACCAUCAUUGUGCAAUAUCUUGGCGUUAAAAGUGGAACGCCCUAAAACGCCGCAACCAGUAAAAGAACCUUUACCGGAACGUUCAUUCUUUGAUCGUUUAUUUGGUAAAAAUGAAUGAAAAUACCGCUUUUUCUACAUGAGUUUAUAACAAGAACUUAUUCUCUAAGCGUUCUAUGGUAAACGGAUAAAACCACCCUCUAAUAUAAUCAGAAGAUACAGGAGAACUAAUAUGGAAACAUUAGGGCGACAGUAUUAAAAUCCCAUUGUUGUCACUGGACUGUCCCGAACCGAGUAUUGUUAACUUAAAACAAGAACGUUGUUAAAUUAAAACAAUUUCAUAUGUCAUUGUUUGAAUGAAGACUACAUAAUAAUCUUUAUUAAAGUCUCAUCCAUACAUAACAACAUACAAAAAAAGUUUAAUUACAUAAUUUUACAAUAUAAAAAUUGUUUGUGUGCGGUCAUUCUGUAGACAGACUGUAAAAGUUACAUAGUGGAAGGGAGGCAACUCCCAAGCGCUCAUACUGCAAGGAUAUCCAGUAUAACUUACAGAGUUACCUCUCUUCAUGCCUCAGAUAUUUCGUUUAAUAAGCAGAUUUUCUGUGUAAAUGAAAAAUGUAAAUAUAUAUUCAUAUUCAUAUUGCAUUAACAAUAAUUGUUUAAAUUACAUUUUCAAACAAAGUUAAAAACUUUGAAUGUAUUUUUGAUUUUAUUGUUGAUACUCUAUUUUUUGUAAAUAGGUCAAUCUAUUGAGCAAUGAGCCAGUAAAAGUGGUAAGGAAAGUGGCAUUGUUUUUAUGGAAGACUCAUUUAAGUUCUAAUUUUCCUCAUAGCUAUUUAUUUACUUAUUCAUUUUUGCUUUAUAAAUAAUGUGUAUGUCCUCAUGUAUUUUUUCUUAUUUCUAACAGUCUUCUUUAGUGUUCUGAUUAUUCAAAACAAUUAAUAGAUAUUUAUCAUAUUCCUGGAACACGUAUUUGAUAUUUGAGUUGCUCAAGGCCAGUAUAUAUUAUUUAUUUUUCAUAUUUAUUUUGCUAUUUUAUCCAAAGUUGUACUAACAUAAAGUUUGGUUUAUAGGUGACAACAAAUAUUUAUAAUACUCUGAUGAGUUACUGAUAAUGUUUUCACCAGCUGCAAGAAUAUUUUACUAGUGUUCAACACUUCAAUUAUUUUGUGACAUUAUAAAUUUUAUAAUAUGAGAAUGACAUGAAGUAAUAUAUAUGUGAUACAUGUAAAAUAAAUUACAUACGAGGAAUGAUUCAGAUAUUCAAUUAUAUUUACUAAAAGUUCAAAGAACAAAGUUUUUUUUAACAUGACUGUUUUUUUUCUCGAUUUUACAUCAAGUUCCGGCAAACUUUGGACAAAAUCAAUUUUUUGUAUCAGGCACAUUGGUGUAUUAUAAAAUUUAAAAAAAUAAAAAUGUGUACGUCGUGUUUUUUGAGUGAGCUGCACCACUGUGGCGUUUCAUUGGUUAUUUAAGGUCUGGGACGGCACUGUAUGACAUUAAAUCAAUAAUUUUAUGCAUAAAUACAUGAAACCUCCAACUUUACGCAGGUAUAAAUUUAUUUUAUUGAAGACAACCUGAUAUUUAUCCGAAUAAUAAACAAAUUCCGGAUAAUUCUGGAUCAUCCCUCGUUAAAGUACAUAUACUCAUGCAUUGACGCUUGCCAGUAUGUUUUUUUUUUCAUUCAAUUAGAUAUCAUAAUUGACAAAAUUAAAGAUCAAAUACUCGACAUGUUAACCCGGUGAAUACUAAGUAAACUUUGCACAUUUAUAUGCCUUCGUAAUGAGAUUAAUAAAAGAGUA